AUGCCGUUUUUUCAUAAGCCCGAAGUGAAGUGUGUGAUUCGUGAGGUGCCCGGCUGGGAGCACCUGCGGUUCUCCCACGUGGAGUGUGACUGCAUCCCCCGAGUUGAGUCCUUAGGGCGGGGGGGGGGGGGGGGGGUCCUGCCUUCUUCAUCCCUCGGUGACGCCCACAGAUUAUUGGCCCAGGGGGCCCCCAUAGUCUGCCACUGCGCACCACCACCACCACCACCACCCCCCGACUGGACCAGGCCACUGAGACGCUGCUCUCUAAGGUCCCGGGGGCAGCGCUGUGAUCAGGGGGAGCCCUCGUCGCCGUCGCCGCGGGAGAGGGAAGGAGCUGCACGAACCGGCGUUCAGGCCCUGGCCGCAGCCGAGCAGCCGGUUCCCGAAUGUGAUUCCCAGCUGCUCCCGCUGCCCCGACCGCAGCCCACGUGGCGACGGGCGGACCCAGUCGGGGAGCCGCGCCGCCCUCGGCAGCCGGCCGGUGAUCUCGGUCUCCCGCUAUCCCAGGGACAUCUGCAGGAAUCAUUUCACCCCGCGGAGCAAGGGAAAGGGAAAACGCCACACACGGGGCCUGCCCGCCCGUCAGCAGCGAAGGACUUUCCGCUGAGCGGGCCGGUUGCUUCUGAAUGGCGGUGCCAACGAGGUCAUCCCGCAGCAGCAGCAGCCGCAGCCGCAGCAGCGGGAGCGCCCGCCGACCCGCCGCCGGGAAUCUGCCGGGACCCGGAGGAGGCCUGGCGGGCUGGGCCGGGGCCGCCGAGGAUUUCACGGUUGAGCCCCAACCCGGUGACGGACGGCCUCAUGCAAAGAGGGGAGUUGGACGCAGACACACCCGGAGAAUGCCGCGUGAUGCUGGAAGCUGAGACUGGAACGACGCGGCUGUACACCGAUCAAGGCCGAGAACUGACGGCAACACCAGAGGCUGGGAGACACACAGGGGAGGCAAACAGAGGAGGAAGAGGCAAUGCGACCACCGAGGCAGAGAUCCGCAUGACGCGGCCACAAGCCGAGGAGCAGCAGGGCAUGCUGGGAAGCCACCAGGGGCUGGAAGAGGCCGGCACAGGCUAUGCCCCUGGGCCCUGGCGGGCGUGGGGCCCUGCUCACAACUUGAUUCCAGGGUCCUGGCCUUCAGAACGGCGAGAAAGUAAAUUUCUGUUGUUUUAA